AUACCUUCUAUUAUACUCUAAUAGGGGCUUAGCUUAGUCAGUUGUGCUCAAGCUGUUUGACAGUCGAGGCGGUGCGUAUCUCGUUUGUUUUGGCCAAUACUUCGUACGCACGAGUGACUUGUUUUGAAAAUUACGAAAUGUGCGAAUAGUUCAGAGAGGAUAUGAUACAUGUGUUGUUGCAGCAGCGAACAUUGUUGAGUUUUUGUGUGAUCGAUUACAUUGCGGUUGACGUAAUAAUAUGGACUGGCGACAAACUUCUCAUUGGUGACCAAAAACAAUGAACUGUGGAGAUCGCUAUCAAGAGUUGUUACUUUAUUUGGAACAAACUGAGAAUGAAAUUGCCAGGGCAUUCGAAGAGGUCAAUCAAAAUAACCAGUUCAAGAAGGUCAAGGAAAAGGAAAAAACUAAAGACUCGACCACAAAUGAAGAAACCGACAUAGACUUCCUGAUAGAAUUGAAUGAAACUAUUAAAUCGGAUGUAACAGAGCUUCUAGCUAGAAACCACGCUGGCUCACUUUUCCAUUCUCAGUUUGAUCAGAGCAAAGUUAACGGUAGCAAUGGUCAAGAUCACUAUGUUGAUCACUUUUUCAAUGACAAAAAAAUUCUUAUUCAACACAGCCCUCUAGACAACAACAAUAUUUUCAAUGAAUCGGUUGAUAGUUAUCCUUUCAGGCAUUCUAUAAUUGACAGCGAACUCAGUGCGAUUGAUGCAGCUACUCAAACAUCACCGUCACUUUCCCCCAGCUCGACGAAUCUCACGUGGGCAUCGGAUUGUUCCUCAUCUCCGUGCCUGACAUCGACAUCGGAUAGCGAGCUCCUCGAUGAAGAUGCUCAUUCGACGUCUUCGAGGGAUACCAGAGAUCUACUGUUUUCUAAUGGAAUUUUUAAGCAUCGCCGACAACAGGUGUUGGGCUCAAAGUCCUCAUCUACCCCAGUGCUUAAGACGGGUCACUGUAAGGUGA